GCCGCGGCUUCCGGCGCGCUGGGCUCGGACAGUAGGGGGCGCGCAGCUGGCGCACUUCAGCCAGCUCGGCACCUUCUGGGGCCUGUGCGGCUCGGUGUGACUGGAAAGAAAAUGGAGCAAGAAGCCUAGGCCGAGGGGUAGCCCUCACCCCUCUGAUCGAGGUCCUGCCGCUUACGCCGCCAGGAGCCUCCUUCCCCGGACCUAGUGCGUUCGAGUGCCCCGGUGGCCUGGGCCUCGCGAGUGGAAUGGUAGCCGAGGCCCAGGGCCUCGGGUUUCGGGGCACCCCGUGAAGGGAACUGGGGAACCUCGCGGGACUCCCCCCGACUCCAGGAGCGGAAAACCCCAGCGAGCUGCAGCUGUAUUCAGUGGCUGUUGGAGAGCGAUACCUGUGGUCUUCAACGCGUAGCAAGUACUUUAUGCUGAUCCAGGCAAAUGUGCAAUACCAACAUGUCUGUGUCCACUGAUGGUGCUGUAAGCACCUCACAGAUUCCAGCUUCGGAACAGGAGACCCUGGUCAGACCAAAGCCAUUGCUUUUGAAGUUGUUAAAGUCUGUUGGAGCACAGAAAGACACUUAUACUAUGAAAGAGGACUUCUUGGGCAUCCAUGGAUCCCAGGUUAAGAACUUCUGCACUAGAGAUACAUGAGUACAGUAUACUGAUCUUUCUGGGAGAGAGGUUAUAUUUUAUCUUGGCCAGUAUAUUAUGACUAAACGAUUAUAUGAUGAGAAACAACAGCAUAUUGUAUAUUGUUCAAAUGAUCUUCUAGGGGAUUUAUUUGGAGUGCCAAGCUUCUCUGUGAAAGAACACAGGAAAAUAUAUACAAUGAUCUACAGAAACUUGAUUGUAGUCAAUCAGCAGGAACCGUCAGAUUCCAGCACAUCUGUGAGUGAAAACAGGUGUCACCUUGAAGGUGGAAGUGAUCAAAAGGACCUUGUGCAGGAGCUACAGGAAGAGAAACCUUCAUCUUCAGACUUGAUUUCUAGACCAUCUACCUCAUCUAGAAGGAGAGCAGUUAGUGAAACAGAAGAAAAUUCAGAUGAAUUACCUGGUGAACGACAAAGAAAGCGCCACAAAUCUGAUAAUAUUUCCCUUUCCUUUGAUGAAAGUCUUGCUCUAUGUGUAAUAAGGGAGAUAUGUUGUGAAAGAAGCAGUAGCAGUGAUUCAACAGGGACUCCAUCAAAUCCGGAUCUCGACGCUGGUGUGAGUGAACAUUCUGGUGAUUGGUUGGAUCAGGAUUCAGUUUCAGAUCAAUUCAGUGUGGAAUUUGAAGUUGAGUCUCUUGAUUCAGAAGAUUAUAGCCUUAGUGAAGAAGGACAAGAACUCUCAGAUGAAGAUGAUGAGGUAUAUCGAGUUACUGUGUAUCAGGCUGGGCAGAGUGAUACAGAUUCCUUCGAAGAAGAUCCUGAAAUUUCCUUAGCGGACUAUUGGAAGUGUACUUCAUGCAAUGAAAUGAAUCCUCCCCUUCCACCUCAUUGUAACAGAUGUUGGGCCCUUCGUGAAAAUUGGCUUCCUGAAGAUAAAGGGAAAGAUAAAGGGAAGAUGCCUGAGGAAGCCAGACUAGAAAACUCAACACAAGUAGAAGAGGGCUUUGAUGUCCCUGACUGUAAGAAACCUACAGUGAAUGAUUCCAGAGAAUCAUGUGCUGAGGAAAAUGAUGAUAAGAUCCCACAAGCCUUCCUAUCCCAAGAAAGCGAGGACUAUUCUCAGCCAUCAACCUCUAAUAGCAUCAUUUAUAGUAGCCAAGAAGAUGUCAAAGAGAUUGAGAGGGAAGAAAUACAAGACAAAGAAGAAAGUGCGGAAUCUAGUUUUCCUCUUAAUGCCAUUGAACCUUGUGUGAUUUGCCAAGGUCGACCUAAAAAUGGUUGCAUCGUCCAUGGCAAAACAGGACAUCUUAUGGCAUGCUUUACGUGUGCAAAGAAGCUAAAGAAAAGGAAUAAGCCUUGCCCAGUAUGUAGACAACCAAUUCAAAUGAUUGUGCUAACUUAUUUCCCCUAGUUGAACUAUCUAUAAAAAUAAUUAUAUAUUUCUCACUAAGCCUAAAAAUUUAGACAACAUGAAAUUUAUUUUUAUUUUUUUACCUGUAUCAAAACAAUAGUGAAUAUUUACUUCCUUUUAGGAAAAUGCCCUUUCUGUUUAUAUUUUAUAUUAGGGUUUUAAUGUACUUUUAAUUGGGUAUAUAGCUUAUCCAUCCCCCCCCCCAUAUUUCAGAUAAUUUCCACUUUCUCUUAAAUGAGAAAUAUCUGACCAUCCAAAAUAUAUAUAUAUAAUUAGGACACUGAGAUAUAACUUAUUUAGUACCAUUUAUGUAAGAAGGAAAAGUUUGCGUGAAAGACUUUAGAUGUUCGUAAACUUUCCAGUUCAUAGUUCUCUAGUCUUUCAGAGCCCCCUAAAAUAAUACUCUUUCUCGAUAGCAGAAAUAGGUAGCUAUGUUUGGUGCUUUGUAAAUUAAAAUGUACUUCUCCUUCUCUAGCGUCUUGGGUAUGGUAAAGAAUGGGGAGUAAUGACGUCUGUUGAGAAGUCUGGCUUUAGUCAUUAUUUACCCACAAGAUAAAACUUGUUAAGGCUCCCUGGUCCUAGGGGUCAUUUUAAUAAGUUUCCGGGCCCAUCUCCAUGAAUAACUUCAGAAUUUAGUGCAAUCUAUUAUUUCCCUAAGUUGGAAAACAAUUCUAAGAUACUUUGUAGUGCCUUUUGGGGCUAAGUUACACAGUCCCUGGUAGUUACCUAGGCUUCAUAUUUUUGCUUAAGGCCAGUCUAGUGAAUUCACAAAGACUAAUUCAGAAGUUUAAUAAACAGAAGGACUAUUUUUAUACUGCCUGGAAAUGUUAUAACUUCCCUAAAUUGUCCCCAAAUUUUGCUCUCUUUACUUGAAGAAUGAUUUAGAACAAAAUUCUAAGAUAACUCUCAGACUGCAUAGAUUAACAUCUUGAUCUAGAUUAACUCUUCAACAAAAUAGGGAAAAUAAGUUCGAUUUAAGGUCCCAGUGGUUUUUCCCAAUGUAACAUUUGACAUACUUAGUUGAAGUCAGUAAAAUCAGCCGAUCUGUAUGUUAGAAUAGAAAUGAGGGAUAAUCCUUGGCAAAUUUGUAUGCCAGUUACAGAACAUUGUAUUAAACUUUAACCCCCCCGCAAACAUGACUUAUCUUGUAUAGAUGUGUAAGUAAUAGCUGAGGGAUCAGUACCUUAGCCAAAGAGUCCUAAAUACAAUAAAGCCUUUACUAAUUGGACAUUUAUAAUAAACUAAGUAGAAUUGAUCAUCUCUGAGGAGAGAGAAGUAAAAAUGAGCCUAUAAACAUUGUACAGUCAGCCCUCUGUAUCUGUGGGUUCCACAUCCAUGCAUUCAACCAACCAUGGUUUGGAAAUAUUCAGGGAAAAAAAUGCCAGAAAGUUCCAAAAAGAAAACUUGAAUUUGCUGUGCCUUGCAACUCUUUACAUAGUAUUUGCAUUGCAAUAGGUAUUGGAAGUAAUUGAGAGAUUUAAAAUAUUUGGGAGUGGAGUUUCCAUUGUGGUGCAGUGGAAAUGAACCCAACUAGGAACCAUGAGGUUGCAGGUUUGAUCCCUGGCCUCGCUCAGGAUGGGUUAAGGAUCCAGCGUUGCUGUGAGCUGUGGUGUAAGUUGCAGACAUGGCUUGGAUCCUGCGUUGCUGUGGUUGUGGUGAAGGCCAGCCACUGUAGCUCCAAUUUGACCCCUAGCCUGGGAACCUCCAUAUGCCACAGAUGCGGCCCUAAAAAAAGGCAAAAUAAAUAAAUAAAAUAUAUGGGAGGAGGUGCAUAAGUUAUAUGCAAAUACUAUAUAAGAGACUUGAGCAUCCACAGAUUUUGGUAUUCCAGGGGUAGAAGUGCAUCUUGGAACCAAUCCCCUAUGGAUACUGAGGGACAACUGUACAUUCGGUGUAUAUUCGGGCCGUAAAUAUUACCUUCAUUUACUAACAUGCUCCUCAUUGUCUAAAUUUUUAGGUAUAGAAGACAUAUUAUUUAUUGAUUUAUGAAUAAAAGAUCUUAUUAAAUGUUUAAAUAUGUUGUUUUUGAAUCAUAUAAAUGAUUUUCCCAUGA